AUGAUAAAGAAAAGAAAAAAAAAAAAAAAAGAAGAAAAAGAAAAAGAAGAAAAAUAUUCAUUCAUGAAUAUCUCUUCUUUUAAUCGUAAAUGUAAUAAAGAAAAGUAUCAUUUCUUUAAUACAGCAAUGAAUAUAAAAAAAAAAUAUAUUUGUGAUGAUAAUAAUAUAACCCUUGUGGGGAAUAAUAUAAAUGAAAAUAAAAAUAAUAUAAAGGUAAAUAAAAAUAAUAUAAAGGAAAAUAAAAAUAAUAUAAAGAAAAAUAAAAAUAAUAUAAAUGAAAAUAAAAAUAAUAUAAAUGAAAAUAAAAAUGAUAUAAAUGAAAAUAAAAAUAACAUAUGUCAAAAGGCAAAAGAGCAAUCAUCUCUUUUGAACCUAAAUAUUCGGAAGGAAAAAAAUGAACAUGAAUAUUUUAUAAACGAUGACAUAUUUAUAUCUACAAUAAAAGAAAAUGAAUUAAAUAAUAUACAUAUUAAUAAAACGUGCACUUUACAAGACGUGGAAUAUUAUAAUGUUCAUUUGAAAAAUAAAUUUUAUAAAACAUAUAUUCAUUCAUACGAUAAUAAAAUGUUAAAUGUGGAUGAAGAAGGUGAAUAUGAUCGCAACGAAAAUAUUAAUAGAAAUGAAAGUAUACAUAUUGUAAAUGCGAGUGGAUAUAUGCAUGAAAGUAUACAUGAUGUAAGUCAUAAUUAUGAGGGAAACCUUACCAAUAAUAAUAAUAUAAUAGAAAGUGAUAUAUUAGAAAAUAAUAUAAAAAUAAAUAGCAAUAUUACUAAUAAUAAUGUUAUUAAUUCUUCAAAUCAAGAUAAUGAUGUUCAUGUAAAUGUCCCGUCACAGAAUAACUAUGAGGAGAAAAAAGAAGAAUGUCAACAGAAAGAAAGAACAAAUGAGAGUAUAAAUAACAUAAAUAGUGAUAAUAAUAAAAAUGAUAUACAUAAUGUAAAUAAUAAUAACAAUGUAAAUAAUAAUGACAGUGUAAAUAAUAAUGACAGUGUAAAUAAUAAUGACAGUGUAAAUAAUAAUGACAGUGUAAAUAAUAAUGACAGUGUAAAUAAUAAUGACAGUGUAAAUAAUAAUGACAAUAUAAAUAAUUAUGACAAUAUAAAUAAUUAUGACAAUAUAAAUAAUUAUGACAAUAUAAAUAAUAAUGACAAUACAAAUAAUAAUGACAAUACAAAUAAUUAUGACAAUACAAAUAAUUAUGACAAUACAAAUAAUUAUGACAAUAUAAAUAAUUAUGACAAUACAAAUAAUAACAGUGAUAUUAUUGAUUCAUCUAAUGUAAGCCCAAGAGAAGGAGAAAAUGAACAUAAUAGUAGAGAGACAAGCAAUAUAAACAAUAGAGGAAUAAGUUUUAUAGAAAAUGGUCAUAGUAAUGUAUCGAAUGAAGAUGAUUUAAAUUAUUAUGUUAUUACUAUAAGGGAGCUAAGAACUAAUGAUAUAAAUAGAAGAGAUGACGAUAAUAUAAGUAUUGAAGAUGAACAUAUAUAUUCUUUUACAAAAUGUUUUAUUAGUAAAAUAUUAGGUUAUGAUAUAAAACCUGACUUAGAAGAAUAUAAUAUGAAUAAAAUAAUAAGAAGUCUUUUAUUUAUCUUAAUGUUAUUUAUUUUAUUUUGUACUGAAUUUCUUUUUGUUUAUAAUAAUUUAUUAAAAAUAAAAGUAGAUAGUAAAUUAGUAAUGAUUGAAUCUAAUUAUAAUCCAACUUUUGUAUCUAAUUUUUUAUAUCAAUUUAAUGAAAAUGAUUUAAAAAAAUCAUUAGUUACAGAAAAUAUAAUAAAAGAAGAAAUAGGAAAAGGUAAUUUUAUGUUAUAUAAUAAUAUGUGUGUAAUUAUGAAUAAAUUAAAUAUAAAUUGUAAUAAUUUCUCAGAUUAUUAUAAAAUUAAUGAUAAUAAUGAAAAUACAGAACAUCUUAUAGAAAAAAGUAUUAAAAUAUUUCAAGAAUUAAAUAAUAAAAAAAUUUUUGUAUAUAAAAUGAAAGAAUCUUUAUUUGCUAAAUGUAAUGAUGUGUCCAAUAAAAAUUUAAAUAAUGAUGAUAAUUAUAUAUUUAUAUAUGUUUCUGAAAAGAAAAUUUUAAAAAUUAGUGUUUUGUUUUUGAUACUGACUAUAUUCUUUUUGUGCUUAAGAAUAGCAUUGAUCAUAUCCAGGAUCUUAUAUGAUAUCAUAUUAUUUAUAUAUAUGAAAGGAUUUAGAUUAUCUAUAGAAAGUAAAAAAAAAUAUCUAUCGAAAUAUAUAUGGUCCGUAUCUACCUUAUAUUUAUUAGAAAUUAUAUUAGGUGAUGAAUGUAUAGUAUGGUGGCUUCAUGAUAUUGACCCAAUUUUUAGUUAUCACUUUCAAUAUUUUAUAUGGAUCAUAUCUUUAUUUUGCUUUGCAACCUAUGUUCUUCAUAAAAUUCUUAAAACAUGUGCAUCUCGUUGGGAUAGAACGAAUGACAGGGAAAAUAUAGACAACCAUGGUAAUCAUACGGAUGGUAAUACUUUAUUUGGUAACCCUAUAAUUAUAAACCCAUUAAAUGAUGGCCCUGAACCAAGGACCACAAGAUAUGAGAACUCUGCAAAUGUAAACCUUACUACAACAACUACUACUAAUAAUAAUAAUAAUAAUAAUAAUGAUAAUAAUAAUGACAAUAAUGAUAACAAUAUUAAUAAUUAUCAUAAUAAUAAUAAUAAUAACAAUGUUUAUACUGAAUUUCCAAACAACACGAACAAUAAUAUAAACUACACUUCCAUAUCUCUUUCGUUAAAAUGUGUACACGAUUUUCUCUAUGGAGCUAAUAUUAUGUUUGCAUGUAUCUUCUUAUUAUUAAAUUUGAGUAAAGUUCCCGUAAUUACAAUUAUAGUUACAUCUGUAGUUUUAUUUAUAGAUAUAUUAAAUGACACAUAUUUGGAACAGGUUCAUUUAACAUCUACAAUAACUAAUACGACGUUUCAGAGACCAAGACGAAAAAGAUUUUAUAUUAUUGAAAAUAAGAAAAAGAAAAAUUUUAAGAAUAUAUUUUUAAUGAGAAUAAAUGAACAUACCUAUCGAGAUGUAACCGUAGAUACAAUAAAUAAAAAAGAAAAGAAAAAUAAGGUUAACAACCAAAUACCUUUUAAUCAUAAGAAUAACAAUAAAUACUGGGAUAAUAAAAAUGGUAUAUUUAACAUACGUAAUAUCAUAAACAAUAAGUAUUUAAACAAAAAAAAAAAAAGUUUAAAAAAAACAGUAAAUAAAAAUAAUGAAAAUGAUGUCCAAGAUGAAAUCAACAAUAAUAAUAGUAAUAAUAAUCUGCCGGAAAACUAUGAACUUAAUAAUUCAAUUAUAGCAACAUAUGAAUAUUGUGAGAUAUGUGACGAACGAAAUAAAAAUGUAGUAUUACACCCAUGUAUGCAUGGAGGUUUUUGUGAAGCAUGUAUUAGAUGUAUGAUAUUUAAUUCUUUAAAAUUAAAAGAUACAUACCCCUGUUGUCCUCUGUGUAGAAAUCCUAUUGAAAAUGUUUAUAAAAUAUCUUAUGAAGAUGAUGAAAGGAAGGUUCAAGCUACGAAUAUACUAACCAUCAAAAGAAAAUGA